UACGUGCGCUUAUCGUUGUCAUCCUGUCGGACUUGUAAGACUGAUGCACAGGUCAUUUUUUGAAUGGUAGAAUAACAGGACUUUCUCUGUAGCUCAUUCUCUGAUUUAUACUAAUUUGCUUUGCACUUCUGAUUUAGCACAAUGAGCAGGUGCGAUUUGAAUAAUAUAUAUUUUAUUCAUGACAUUUGCAUUGGGUAGCUAGCAUGAUCAGCUAACCUAUAGCAGAGUCCCAGCUGUCAUUCAUGCAGUUCAAGUUCAGCUACAGUUACGUAUUUAUAACAAGCAGCGUUUCCGUUAAAGCAACAUGUCACAAGAGGAGCUUUUUCUGGACUCAGGCGCGGCAGGACAGUUACAGAGUGAUGUGACGAAGAAAAAGAGCAGAAGUCUCCUCGGUCUCGUCGUAACGGGGGUGCUGGGAGGGUCGCUGGUCGCCCUGUACGCAGUGACUGCUCCGUUUCUCGCUCCUGCCCUGAGAAAAGUCUGCCUCCCGUUCGUCCCAGCGACCACAACUCAGGUGGAGAAUGUCCUCCGGGUGCUGCGAGCCAGAUCGGGCACCCUUGUGGACAUUGGGAGCGGAGACGGAAGGAUAGUGAUAGCAGCAGCUAAGUAUGGCUUUAAAGCAUCAGGCUUUGAACUUAACCCCUGGUUGGUGUGGUAUUCUCGCUACAAGGCCUUGAGAGAGGGAGUCCACCGCUCCACCUCCUUCCACAUCUCCGACUUGUGGAAGGUUAGUUUUGCUCAGUACUCCAAUGUUGUCAUAUUUGGAGUCCCUCAGAUGAUGGACCAGCUGGAGCUGAAGCUGGCAAGCGAGUUAUCAAGCUCAGCCAAGGUGGUGGCCUGCCGCUUUCCCUUCCCUACUUGGGUUCCUGAACAUACGGCCGGGGAGGGCAUAGACACUGUGUGGGUGUACGAUGCCAAGGCAUUUAAAUCGCACCUGCAACAUGGAAUGACAAGGAAGACAACACCAGAACACGAGGACACACCAGAGUCACACACAUAAAUGUAACUCAGAUCUUGUUGUUAAGUUGUCAUUAUGCGCUGCAACCCUGGGAUGAUCUCUUUAUUGUCUUCUAAAUCUACGCAAUUUCUACUCUGGGGUGGGCCUGAAAUGACUGGGAAGGGAAAAUAAACUGAUUGACACUUGGUGAGUGCUUACAGUAAUGGUAAAAUCAGUGGGCUCCAGUCCUCUUAUUGUCCACACAUUGUAUGGUCUCUACAGAAAACCUUUUGCA